AUGGAUACACACACGCUGAAAUCUGUCUCAGAUUUACCUGGAAAUUUCCGCUCAGCGUUUACUUUCAGAUACUUCAACUCGCUGCAGAGCGAGUGCUUUCCACUGUGCUUUCACUCCGAUAUCAACAUGGUUAUUUCAGCGCCAACGGGGAGUGGUAAAACUGUACUUUUUGAACUAUGCAUUUUGAGGCUCCUCUCCAAGUCUAUCUCUAAGGAUGGAAGGUUUCUCCAUGCUAAAGGAGCUCUUAAAACAGUUUACAUAUCUCCGUCCAAGGCUUUAGUACAGGAGAAGCUCCGUGAUUGGAAUCAAAAGUUUAAUUCAUGGGGAAUCAGUUGUUUGGAGCUGACAGGUGAUAAUGAAACAUACAGCACAAAGAAUAUACAAGACGCAGAUAUUAUAUUGACCACACCUGAGAAAUUUGAUGCAGUGAGUCGUUAUCGCGUUACUAGUGGAGGCUUAGGUUUUUUCAGUGAUAUAUCACUUGUGCUCAUUGAUGAAGUUCACCUGCUGAAUGAUCCGCGUGGAGCUGCUCUCGAGGCAAUAGUCAGUAGAAUAAAGAUUCUUUCUAGCAAUCAUGAACUAAGGUUAAGUCCUUUAGCCUCCGUACGUCUUCUGGCUGUCUCAGCUACUAUCCCAAACAUUGAGGAUCUAGGGGAAUGGCUCAAGGUUCCUAAUGCAGGAAUUAAGAGGUUUGGCGAAGAAAUGAGACCUGUUAAGUUGACAACGAAAGUUUUUGGUUAUGCUGCUGCCAAAAAUGACUUCCUCUUUGAAAAGCGCCUCCAGAACUAUAUUUAUGACAUUUUAAUGCAAUACUCGAAAGAUAAAUCUGCCUUAGUUUUCUGCUCAACACGAAAAGGCGCUCAAGAAGCUGCACAAAAGCUUGCUCAGACUGCAAUGACCUUUGGCUACUCAAAUCCAUUUGUUAAAAGCAGAGAGCAGCUGGAACGAUUAAGGGAAGCUUCCCCAAUGUGCAGUGACAAACAAAUGCAGUCUUAUAUUCUCCAAGGCGUUGGUUAUCACAACGGUGGUCUUUGCCAAAAGGACCGCAGCCUCGUAGAAGGACUCUUCCUUAGUGGAGAUAUCAAAGUUCUUUGCGCAACCAACACUCUUGCUCAUGGAAUCAACCUGCCUGCACAUACAGUCGUCAUAAAAUCAACUCAGCAUUUCAACAAGGAAAAAGGUCAAUACAUGGAAUAUGAUCGUUCCACACUACUACAGAUGUGUGGCAGGGCUGGUCGGCCUCCAUUUGAUGACACGGGAAUGAUUAUUAUCAUGACUAGAAGAGAGACGGUGCAUCUAUAUGAGAAUCUCUUGAAUGGAUGCGAGGUUGUUGAAUCACAAUUGCUGCCAUGCUUGAUAGAGCACCUAACUGCAGAAAUAGUUCAACUUACUGUCUCUGACGUUACACGGGCAAUCGAGUGGAUGAAGUGCUCAUACUUGUAUGUCAGAAUGAAAAAGAAUCCAGAGAAUUAUGCAAUUAAAAACGGAAUUCCUAAAGAUCGAGUAGAGAAGCAUUUGCAAGAGCUUUGCCUUCAGAAGAUCAAUGAGCUGUCACAAUAUCAGAUGAUCUGGACUGACACGGACGGUUUUGUUUUGAAACCAGAAGAGCCCGGAAGGCUAAUGACAAAGUAUUAUCUAAAGUUUGACACCAUGAAGUACAUUAUUAAUGCGCCAACGGGCUAUACCUUGGACGAGGCUCUUCACAUUGUAUGCCGUGCUGAAGAGAUAUCUUGGAUACAGCUGAGACGCAAUGAGAAGAAGACCUUAAAUGAUGUAAACGCAGAUAAGGAAGGGCGUCUCAGAUUCCACAUCGACGAUAACAAAGGAAAGCGGAAAAAACGUAUUCAAACCAGAGAAGAGAAACUAUUUGUGCUUGCAAAUGAUUGGUUGACUGGGGAUCCUUCAGUCCAUGACUUAUCCAUGACUCAGGACGCUAACUCGAUAUGCUCGAAUGGAUCAAGAAUAGCCAGAUGCAUGAAAGAGUACUAUAUAUACAAAAAGAAUUAUAAAGGAACGAUUAGCUCAACUCUUCUAGCAAAAUCACUCUAUCAAAAGCUCUGGGACGAUAGUCCCUAUCUGCUGAAACAAUUGCCUGGCAUUGGAAUGGUUACAGCAAAGGCGCUUCAUUCGAUGGGAGUCAAGUCAUUUGAAGCUCUUGCUGAAGCUGAUCCGAGAAGGAUUGAGAUUGUUACGGGUCGAAAAUAUCCUUUCGGAAAUCAUAUCAAGGAGUCUCUAUCUUCCCUACCUCCAAAAGUAGAAAUAAAGGUCGAGGAAGUUGAAUGUCAGAAGCAAGGGGUAUCUAAACUUGCAGUCACAUUGACACGGCUUUCACAACCUCUCCAAUCCACAAAACGCCAUUAUGCAGACAUGAUUGUUGGUUCAGAGGAAGAAAAUCUUAUCCACUUUCAUGAGAAAAUAAGUCCCUAUAGCGUCACCAUACUCGUGGAAAGGCCUCAACAAGCAAAAGUGACUGUGAAGGCUGAUCUCAUCUUCGAAGAAUACAUUGGUAUUGAUCUCCAUGAAACACUUCUACUGAAGAAGGCAAACAACAGCAAAACAAAUUACAAAAGCGAAAACAGGAUGCCUCACUGUUAUCUUCCUGUGGGGGAUGUCUGCAUAGUAGAUGAUGACAAACCAGUGAAACCUGGACCUUCAAACCGAAAGGACAACAAAGAUGACAUGCCGAGUUUCAAGCUCUUAGAUGAAGAUUCAGAAGAAGAGAAAGAGCCCUAUGUGACGAUGGAAGAAGACGACUGCGUCAUUAUCAACGAACAUACAGUCUUUGACCACAUACGUGAGAAAGCAAAGUGUUUCCCUUCAUUGAGCACUCUGAAUCCAACCUCUCCAGCAUCAGAAAGAUCAACUCUGAAAAGGAAGAGCUUAGUAGAGAAUUCUCCUGAACUCGAUCCUCUAUUUUACUAUGAUUCUGUGCUUGGCUCAACUACAAACACUAGAGACAUCAAACAAAGCCCACAGAAAAUUACUACCCCAGGUUAUGCAAGCCUCGCAGACCAAAAUGGGAAAACAGAAACACCAUUCUCAGGUGAAACAAUAUUCAACUACAUAAGGAAAAGGUCCAAGAACUCCCCGGUACUGGCCACAUCAAAAGUCGAGGAUCCUAUAACCAUCUCUUUUCAAGAAGGAAGAAACGCAGAGAUAAGUCCGUAUAGAGCAUACGGAUCAAUGGUUAGUCCUUCUGCUAAAAAGCCAAGCAUCACAUCUGGUGCUACUUCAGAAAUGCUGUCUUUUGAUAUCUCCAUGGCAAAGAGAACCAGCACCAACUUUGAGCAGAAGAAAGCAUUCGGCUCGAUACUUCCAGGUAACAAGUCCAGUGACUCUGAUUCUUUUCUUGGAUUUAAAAGCAUCUUCUCUUUUCUGUGA